AUGGAAGACCUAAAAUUUAUCCCUGGAAACAAAUUUGCAAAAGACAGAAAUAUACUUCCUGGUGUGUCUGACAAGGAAACUGAAGAUAUCAAGGCUGCUCUCGAAGCAGGAGACCUCUCAGGAGCAGCUUAUGUGGCCCAUAAGUCUGACGAGUUGCUUAAAAAAACUGAGCUCAACAUUGCGAUCACAGGGGAGUCAGGAGCUGGGAAAUCAUCCUUCCUCAACGCCCUCCGGAGCCUGGGAGAUGAAGACAAAGAAGCUGCUGAGACUGGGGUGGUAGAGACGACCAAAGAACCAGAGCCGUACAAGCAUUUUAAGUACCCCAAUGUGAUCCUGCCAGGGAUCGGAACCCCAGAUUUUAAGCCAGAUACGUACCUGGAGCAGGUGAAAUUUGAUCGCUAUGAUUUCUUCAUCAUCAUCGCUUCGGAGCGGUUCAGAGCAAACCACGCCAAACUGGCCCAGGAGAUCCGGAGGAUGGAGAAGAAGUUUUACUUUGUCCGCUCCAAGGUGGACUUUGACUUGUAUAAUGAGAAAAGAAAACAAAACUUUGAUGAGGAGAAAACCCUGGAGAAAAUCAGAAAUGACUGCAUCAAGCACCUGUCCAGAGAGGGGAUAAACUCCCCACAGGUUUUCCUUGUGUCGAGCAGGGAAUUUCAGAAAUACGAUUCUCCCAAACUGCAGAAAAAGUUGCUGAAGGAACUGGAAAGUCACAAGAAACACAUUUUUCUCCUGGCCCUACCUAACCUUUCCAAACCAAUCUUGGAAAAGAAGAAAAAGGCUUUGCAGAGGCAGAUCUGGAAACAAGCCCUGAAGUCGUGCGCCAUCGCAGCUGUUCCUCUCCCGGCUCUCUCGGUGAAGUGCGACAUUGGCAUCCUGGUGGAUAACAUGAGACAGUAUUGUGAGAGCUUCGGGCUGGAUGACAUUUCCCUCAAUGCACUCGCUAGCCAGGUUCGGAAGCCUGUCGCUGAGCUGAAGGACGUGAUCAAGUCGCCAUUGGCCAAAGAUAUCUCAAAAGAAACCGCUAAGGAGCAGCUGACUAAGGCUACAGGAAAGGGUCUAAUUUUAGCUAAACAUUUUGUCAGCAUGAUACCGGUGGCUGGGACCAUAUUUGCUGCAGAGAGGUCUUUCACAGUGACAUACAGAAUGCUGAACAGCUUUUUGGAUGACGUCGCUGAAGACGCCCAAAGAGUCCUUAUUAAGGCCUUGGAGAGAGAAAACAAAUGA